UGGGGAAACAUUUAUGCUGGUGAGAUACAACACCAGAAAUUUCUGGCUGAAAAAGUAAAAAAUAAUAAAUCUUAAUACAAAGGUAAAGUAAAUAAAGUGCUUAAGUAUAUCUGGGUAAUCCUACCUGCCUAGUCCAGUAAUUCUUUAGGAGAGGUGUUUCAAUCCUCACAGUUUAUGGCCUCAAGGCUGGAGCAGGGUCCUUUGCACACAGUGGACUUUGGGGCCCAUUUGAACACACACUGGAGAAAACAGCAGGAAAAUAAUGUACAGAGAACAUUCCUGCCUUCAGUAUGGAGAUGGCUUAGCUGAUUUAAUAGCUUUUUCUUAGUCUGUGAUUCCAACAGCCAGGUUUGUGAUAUUUAUUUUAGUAUUCAUGUUCUUGCAGUCCUUUUUACAUUUCUCUGUUUUUCCCUGGCAGACAUCCCGCAGCUCCAUAAGUCUGGGGGAAGAGGAUGGUUAGCAUGUUGUUGCUGUGGGGAUCUGAGUCUUAACUCUCUGUGUUGGUAAUGCUGGGCAUAUAAUUUUAAAACUUGCAUGCUACAGCAGCAGAUAAUUAUUUCCCUGCUGCAUUUUAUACUGUGGUUUGGGAAAGCAAUACAUUUCAGAACAUUAAAAGAAAGAAAAAGUUACGAUUUUGGGGACUAUUGGAAAUGGAAACAGAAAGAGGGGAGUAAUGGGUGUCAGUCUGGUUAUCAGUCAAGCUGGAAGGAGACAGCUUGUUCUUUCGAACACCAAGAAUGUCAGUAGUCAGCCAAUCACUUAUGCAGGAAGAAAACCAUAGACUGAAAGGUGUUUGGCAGGGGGCUGUGCUGGCUGGGCUGGGGGCUGCCAUGGUGCUGGCCCCCGCAGCAGGGAGAUAGCAGAGAUGGUGGCCUGAGAGCGCCGGCCCCGCGCGCAGACAUGGCCUUCGCCCAGUCGCACAUCAUGGCAGCCAGGAGGCACCAGCACAGCCGGCUCAUCAUCGAGGUGGACGAGUACAGCUCCAACCCCACGCAGGCUUUCACCUUCUACAACAUCAACCAGGGACGGUUCCAGCCCCCACAUGUGCAAAUGGUUGAUCCGGUGCCCCACGACGCUCCGAAGCCUCCAGGAUAUACACGAUUUGUCUGUAUUUCUGAUACUCACUCAAGAACUGAUCCCAUCCAAAUGCCAUAUGGAGAUGUGUUAAUACAUGCUGGUGAUUUUACUGAGCUGGGGCUUCCUAGUGAAGUAAAAAAAUUCAACGAGUGGCUAGGUAGCCUGCCCUAUGAAUACAAGAUUGUGAUAGCAGGAAAUCAUGAAUUGACCUUUGACCAGGAAUUCAUGGCUGACUUAAUCAAGCAGGACUUUUACUAUUUCCCCUCUGUUUCUAAGCUGAAGCCAGAGAGCUAUGAAAAUGUACAGUCUCUGCUAACAAACUGCAUCUAUCUUCAAGACUCUGAAGUGACGGUGAGGGGAUUCAGAAUAUAUGGCUCCCCUUGGCAACCUUGGUUUUAUGGCUGGGGCUUUAAUCUUCCACGAGGCCAAGCACUAUUAGAGAAAUGGAACCUUAUUCCAGAUGGAAUAGAUAUUCUUAUAACACAUGGACCACCGCUCGGUUUUCUAGACUGGGUCCCCAAGAAAAUGCAACGGGUAGGAUGUGUUGAGCUGCUGAACACAGUCCAGAGACGAAUACAGCCAAGGCUUCAUGUUUUUGGACAUAUCCAUGAAGGUUAUGGUGUCAUGGCUGAUGGAACCACCACCUAUGUGAAUGCAUCUGUGUGCACUGUGAAUUACCAGCCACUUAAUCCACCUAUAGUUAUUGACUUACCUACUCCAAGGAACACAUGAUUAUAAUGAGGAUUUAAAGUUGUACCCAACACAUUAGCAACUUUAUAUUGCUGGCUGAGAAUCCCAAUAGGGAACCAUUCAACAAAAAAAAAAGCAAAAUCCUUCUUUUUUCCCUGCUAGUUCUUCACAGAUAAAUUUAGAGUAACAAAAGUGGACAAGGAACAAAGACAUUUUGGUGCCAGAAACAAAGACUAACAUUUCACCAUUAAAAUGUUUGUGA